CUCUCUGUACCUGCCGGUGUGUUGAUGUAUGUUUAGCCUCUCUCUCCUGAGUCAGGCACUGAGGGCCGUUCAUCUGGGGAACAUGUUCAGCCUUAUCAAACUUCAGCGUGUCUUCACUGUGCACCAAGUGCCCAAAGCAUUUCACGAGGACAGUAUCAUCUCUGGAUAUCGACACCCUCGUAGUUCGGCCACAGACUGUGUGUUGAGUCUCUUUCAGCUCACCAAUGAGACCCUCAAUGUCUGGACUCACUUUCUACCAACCUGGUAUUUUCUCUGGAAGUUGAUGACGGUGUUGUUGAUGGAGGAUGCAUGGUGUGAUGCAAACACAUGGCCUCUGCUGGUCUUCUUGUUCUCCUGCUGUGUGUAUCCAUUGGCCUCCAGCUGCGCCCACACCUUCAGCACCAUGUCUACCCGCGCUCGCCAUAUCUGCUACUUCUUUGACUAUGGGGCACUCAGCCUGUACAGCCUCGGUUCAGCGAUCAGCUACUCUGCAUAUGUUUUUCCUGACGCAUGGCUGAACAGCACAUUUCAUGCAUACUACAUCCCUGCAGCUGUACUAAACACCAUCCUCUCAACCUGCAUGGCCUGCUACUCCAGGCUUGGCAUACCAUUCCUUCACUAUAACCAUGGCAUUGAUGAAAGAUUCUCGGAGAGACAGAGCCCACGGCUGAGUAAGGUGUUGCGAAUUCUUGCCUUUGCCUACCCUUACCUGUUUGACAACAUUCCUCUCUUCUACAGGGUGAGGGUUGCACUGAUAAUGAAGCAAACUCCAUUCAUGUUCAUCAUACAUUGCUUGCUUUUCUCAACUUGA